AACUGGGAUUUUACAGUUUCCUAAGUGUCGGUAAAAUAUAACGUAAUGUCGAACAUACGAACUGUAGUGAAUUUAAAUGUACGAAAAAAACAAAAUAAAGUAAACGCGUAACUGCAAGUUUCACUCGGACUAAGGUAUUGUGCAUUGCGCGUUGUUUGGAGCGAGUGAUUGAUAGUCGUUCGUGGUCGUCCGUCGACGGUCGAAGGGCGACAAGGUAAAGGCGAGAUCCCACCUAACCACCUGUGUGUGCUUUCGAGUGCGUAUGCGCGUGCUUGCGGUUCUUCGGGUACACGUGCACUUAGCUAGUUUGACCAGAGACCAGUACGAGCUCGACGACUUAACAGCUCGUAUGCGCUACGCGUCUGUUAGUGUAUUUUUGGCGUCGUACUCUUAUACGAGCCGUUGUAGAUUCGGACACUCGUUUGACCAGUUUAAAUAAGAAUAGUGUUAGCGAGGAUAAAUCGCUAGUCGCAUCCUGACCGUCUAGUACGAUGUGUCGUGUCGCAGCCGCGUUAGUAACAAUUAAGAUAUCGUUGACAAUGUACGUGACGGGAUAAUAGUUUAUGGUUUUGGUGAUGCAUUUUUCCAAAUACUGUCGGUAAUGUAAAUUGUGCAGAAAUCGAGUGUGGCUGAGCAAUGGUAGGCGCCGUUACGUGAUUCGGACAGUUUUUGGCGUCGCACCUUUCACAAGACCUUGAUACGGUCGAUUCGGAUUCCUUGGUUUCUUCAAAAUUGCAUAUUCGUCACCGAAAUUCUGACAGUUUAAAAUUUCAUCUGUGUCGAAGCGUGUUACUGAUUGUUCAUGGAACGGAUCGGAAUGACGUGGUGAACAAGUUAAGAAAUUUGCUCGGUACACUAUUCAAAACAUCAACAAACACCGGCCGUCGAAGUGUUAAAUCGCUUUCUCCCGGUACCCUUGAUUAGGCUCGAUCGAAUCAUCGAACGGGCGUCGGGCGUCGGGCGCCGGGCGCUGGGCGCGACGAAUCCACGUGCUCCAAUCGUUUCGAAGGAUGAUGACGAUGCAUGGAUAUCGUUGUUAGUUAACUCGAUGAAACAAAUUGGCUUCGAGCGUUGUUCCAAUGGAGGCCGUGCGAAAGAAGUUGCAUGCAAAAAUAACCGAGACACGGUUGUUUGGUGGUUCGCGUAACGAUGAAAAUGAGAUGCUGCAAUUGAGAAGCUGCUCGGAGAGGAGUGUAAUUGACGUUCCAUUAAAUGCAGAACUCGAUACUCGAAGGAUGGUAUUGGACCCCAAGGUCACGAGUCUGCAUAGUGAUUACGGAAGCUUCGAUCGAGCAUUGGGCGCCGGUGAGGGCCACGAGAGGGACGUCGAGGCGACGGUUGAUGGAAGCAGCAACGGGAUGGCACAGUCGAGCGACGUUUACCAACGGCAGCCGUUAUUACCUGGUGCACCGACCAAAGGCAAAGAUAAGUGGGCCGGUGUCGCGUCCGGUUCCGACUAUUACGUUGACGACGAAGACGAGAAGAUCGACAGUCUCGGCCGGCAUCCUGGCAUACCGAAUGGAUCCGGAAAUGGUGUCGUUAAGCUCGACAUACCUGCUCCCUUACGGGAAGAACCUCGUUUCCCUAAAGAGAAGUGGAAAACGUUUCUUGCAUUUUUAUUUAUGGUCGUGAACUUUAUACUGACCACUGCGUCCCUCGCAAUGGUGCACGAGCGAGUCCCCGAUCGGAACACAUACGGUCCGCUUCCGGAUGUCGUGUUGGACAAUGUCGCCGCUCAGGAUUGGGCUCUCAACGUAUCAGAAAUUUUGAUUAUGAUACUGUCUAACUCAGCGAUGGUUUUUAUUAUCUUUCAUAAGCAUAGAUUUAUCGUUGUUAGGCGAAUAUUUCUUUUGAUGGGGCUGCUCUAUAUGAUGAGAAGCAUCACGAUGUACGUAACGGUACUGCCUGUGGCUAGCAAAACGUAUUUUUGCAGUCCGAAAGCGAACAACACGAGUCCGCUUCUCGUUACCAAGAGGGUACUGCAGCUGAUUUCAGGCUUCGGCUUGUCUAUAAACGGCAAGCACACUUAUUGCGGGGAUUAUAUUUACAGCGGUCACACGGUCGUGCUUGUACUUAGUUACCUGAUUAUCAAGGAGUAUUCUCCGAGAAGAUGUCAACUGAUACAUUGGUUAGCUGGUAUUACUGUUCUUGUCGGGGUAAUUAUGGUUUUGGUGGCUCACGGACAUUAUACCGUGGACGUCCUUAUAGCAUACUACGUAACUACGCGCUUAUGGUAUAUUUAUCAUACGUUAGCUAAUAAUUCGCAUCUUAAGCAAUACGAACCAAACAACUUUCUGGCCCGACUCUGGUGGUUUCCUAUUUUUAAGUAUUUCGAGAAAAACGUGGGCGGCACGGUGCCACGACAAUACGAUUGGCCUUUACCCUGGCCUCGACGAUUCCUUGCCAAGCACCCUAAUCGGGACAGUUAAUGUCUGUCUUUGAUUUCGCGAUAGAGGCUGUCAAACAACGGAGUUACUUUUGUUGUCAUUUGUGUAUAUAUAUAUGUAUAUAUAUAUAGACAUAUAUGUAUACGUACCUAGGCUUACAAUGUGAAGAUAAAGCUUUACUAGAAAAUGGUACGAGAAACGAGGACGAUGCGUGUGGUACAAGCUUUUGAUCGGCGUUUGUUUCGAAGCUCGACGAAAGUUUGCGGUGUUCACUUCCUUAAAGACGAAACAAAAGAAAAGAAAAAAAAGCAAAAAUAGAAAAAAAGAAGAAAAAAAAACUAACACAUGAACGAUAGUGAAAAAAGAUUCUUGUAUCGUCAUGUUCGUUAUCGUCCAUAUGCAAAACCUAUUUUUUUCUUGAUUUUGAUACGACUUAUACAUAAGAUAUAAGAAAAUAGAUAAUGGUAGUCUGAACUUUAGUCUCGCAACGGGAAAGAAUUCACUUGUUGUUAGAGGGAGGUAUCCGAAAGUUACCAACAAAUUUAGUGUAUAAAAAUAAAUGCUAGAUAUCUCUAUUUUCAGAUACUCCGAAACGCGAAAUAUUUAGGUAUAUAACAAAAACAAAUUUAUGCUGUAUCGCUAAAUGAAGCGUGGAAACACUCAGACGUCUUGUUGAAACGUAGUGAUAACGAUGCGGAGAGAAAUCGUUUUAUAGCUCUCUUGUUUGAACAACGACUCGGAUUGGAAAACAAUUACUAAAAAGAAAACUGCGCUGCAAAUUUUAUUUUUAAACAAGUGACAUUUUAUUUGCGGCGAGACCUUCCUCUGGCCAAUCUUUGGAGCGUCUUCUAAUCUUUCGACUUCCAAGAUACCAAGACGAUGUCGUUCUUUGAUAUUUGUUACACUGCGGCAUGCCUUAUUCCGACGAAAGUCAAUCGAAUGCAAUGCAAUUUUUUAACCGCUUCAAUUGGUCAAUUAUCGUCGUUCGUUUCUCUAGCUUCGUUUCAUAGCAUUCCCUCGAAAUUGAUACUACGCUAAUUAUUUUAUUGCGGAGAAACGUUUAGAAAAGAGAAUUGGCCCAUAGUUAGAAAUAAAACAUUUAAUCGUGCAAUUUCGUGGGACCAAACACAGAACAAUUGGAAAUGUAAUAUAGCGAUCGAGAGAGUGAUUGUUUUUUAACGAACAAGAUUAAUAGCAGCGACAAUAGAUACGCAUAUUUAAGACGAACACAGAAUUAGUCACAAAUGCCGAUGUUCUUGCUCUAAUUCGUAGACUAUGGCUGUUGUUACACGCUGACGUAUAUUACAUCGUGAUGUGUUCUUCUCUUCGAUAGACUUUUCUUAUUGAAGGUGGUGCCGCGUGUUCGAUUUUUAACUAAUACGCGCGAUAUGCUAGGCAUACGUUAUGCUAAGCACAAGAUGCUGUCGUCGGUGUAACUAGGUCUUUUGUCUGGGGUGGGCUAAGGCGUAAUAAAGUCGCUUUGGAAAAUUGGUAAUUUGGAAAUUUAGGGACUCGAGGAUUUAGAAAUUUACGAGUUUGAAUUUUUAGAGAAAAUUAAACAUUUCUAAUUUGUCGUUUAAGAAGGGCUAAACCCACCCUCGGCUUUUCCUAGUAACACCAAUGUAUGCAGUAUACCAAUGAAAUUCGUGUGAUUCCUCGGAAUAAGGUCGUCUUUUAAUUACACACACACACGUACAUACAUACACGUACAUACGUACAUACAUACACAGAGAGACACGCGCAUACACGUAACACGUACACACACACACCAGAUGUUGUCACGCAUAGAUGCGAAAAUGGAGAUGUGAAUCGUGCGAAGAAAAACUAUCGCGUUACACGUGAUGAAAAAAAAGAGGAAAAAAGGAGAGAACGAAGGAAAAAAGAAAAUGCAUUUUCAAAUUGUCAAUUCUUCGUACGAUUUCCUCUUCCCCUUCUAUCAUCUAACACUAUAAAAUUCGUAACAAUUCUAUUCUUGUCUCGCGAGCGAGCGCUUUUCAGUUUCAUCUUCAUUCGAGCUACAUUAGCACAAAACGCUUUUUUAUCGUGAAAAGAACGUUUCAAUGAAUCUCAGUUUCUUUCGAAGGGAAGGAGGAUGGAUGAUGAACAAAUAGAAUGCGAAUGAUUCGUGUAUCCUGUGAAACCGUUGAGCGAUGUUUGUGAAAUUUGUGCAUAGUUUAAGCAACGUUAACUACAGCGAUUUGUUGUAUUCUUCUGCACGCACGAUUUAUUGUUUAUAAUUGGGUGCAGAAAGCUCUCGUUAUUCGUCGUAUCUAGUUGACGCACAAACGUGCGUUUCCUGGGAUCGAUUAAACUUGUAAAUCAGCGAAAUAAAACAAUGGAAAUGUAGAAAUCA